CGCCCAGGGGCCCUCGGCUGCGCCCGGAUGUCCCGGAGCCAGGCAGCGGUGAGCGGGAGGAGCCCGCGCCCCGGGAUCGGGAUGACCCUCCUCGUCCUGCUCGGACUAGUUUCCUACUGUGUUGGAACUUUGGGGACUCACACUGAGAUCAAGAGAGUGGCAGAGGAAAAGGUCACUUUGCCCUGUCACCAUCAGCUGGGGCUCCCAGAAAAAGACACGCUGGAUAUCGAAUGGCUGCUCACCGAUACUGACGGGAACCAGAAAGUGGUGAUCACAUACUCCAGUCGUCAUGUCUACAGUAACUUGACUGAGGAACAGAAGGGCCGGGUGGCCUUUGCUUCCAAUUUCCUGGCAGGAGAUGCUUCCCUGCAGAUUGAGCCUCUGAAGCCCAGUGACGAGGGCCGGUACACCUGCAAGGUGAAGAAUUCAGGGCGCUAUGUGUGGAGCCAUGUCAUCUUAAAAGUCUUAGUGAGACCAUCAAAGCCCAAGUGUGAAUUGGAAGGAGACCUGACAGAAGGAAGUGACUUGACUCUGCAGUGUGAGUCAUCCUCUGGCACAAAGCCCAUUGUGUAUUACUGGCAGCGAGUCCGGGAGAAGGAGGGAGAGGAUGAACAUCUUCCUCCCAAGUCUAGGAUUGACUACAACCACCCGGGACGCGUCCUGCUGCAGAACCUCACCAUGUCCUCCUCCGGGCUGUACCAGUGCACAGCAGGCAACGAGGCUGGGAAGGAGAGCUGCGUGGUGCGGGUGACAGUUCAGUAUGUACAAAGCAUCGGCAUGGUCGCAGGAGCGGUGACAGGGAUGGUGGCAGGAGCCCUGCUGAUUUUCCUCCUGGUGUGGCUGCUAAUCCGAAGGAAAGACAAAGAGAGAUACGAGGAAGAAGAGAGACCGAACGAAAUCCGAGAAGAUGCUGAAGCCCCGAAAGCCCGCCUCGUGAAACCGCGCUCCUCUUCCUCGGGCUCUGGGAGCUCCCGCUCGGGCUCGGCCUCCACUCGCUCCACGGCCAACAGUGCCUCACGCAGCCAGCGGACCCUGUCCACCGAGGCAGCGGCCCGACCCGGGCUGGCCACCCACGCGUACAGCCUAGUGGGGCCGGGGGUGAGAGGUUCCGAACCAAAGAAAGUCCACCAGGCUACCCUGACCAAAGCAGAGACCACACCCAGCACGACCCCCGGCCAGAGCAGAGCCUUCCAAACUGUCUGAGUUCGAGUGGACUGGACACCGUGCUUUCCCAGGAGUCAGGAUCUUAGGACUCUUCUAGUCCUGGAAGCUCAUCACCAGCCACACAACCCCCUCGAACCAAAUGAGAGGUCACUGAAGGAGCCGCGACCACUGCACGGAACAGAUUCAGAUGAGCACGUUCCUCAUGGGACACCAAACAAGGAGAAGGAUGAGCUGAUCAUCUCCAAAAGGGCAUUUCACUAUGCCUUUGGACCAGAGUGGGGGGGAAGGUGGGGGCCUAAACUGUGUAUCUGUGGACCACGACCUGCGGUGAGAAAGGCUGGUGUAAGGGGAAGAGAACACACUUAGAACUUCUCACUUGGGGUGUUUUGUAUCAGCACUUUGAUUCACCAUUGUCAAGAAGCAAUGAGGUGUUGUUCAUUAAUUUUCUAUGCAUUUCUUCAAGCCAGUUGGAUUACUGUGAUUACUCAGAGUCAAGCAGAACACACAGCCUUAUAUUACACCUGUCUGCACCAUGAGAAACUCCAAAAAAGGAAACAAGUCUUUUCUAUCCUGACUUCAUUCACCGUAAAGUUUGGAUAUUAAUUUCAAGAGGAGUUGAAAUAGUGGGAGAUGGAGAAGAAUCAUUUUGUUUUUCCCACUCUAUCCACUACUUAUCUUAUUAUAUUGAACCAUAAAGGAACUAAAAAUGGAGUCCAAAAUGUGUGACAAAGGACUGAAAAACUUUCCAUCUUAAUGACAUUCAGAGGGUCAAUGACAAAUAUCAGAAAUAAAUGCUGGAAUAAUUGUGGAUUGUCUCUCAAAUGGAUGUCUCUAAGGACUUCCCUGCUGGAUCUCUCUGGAGCAAGAAAAGUCACUUAACAAUGUCUUUAGAAAGAAGUCUUCUAGAGAAAAGAGACCUUUUAAGGAUGCUGAAAGAUCACCUGACGUAACCAUCACAGCUCCUCUUUCUGAGAACGAAUGCAAUCAGAAUGGCAAGACUGACUAAAGAGGGAGAUCAGAUCAAUUUUCUCUGAAUAUAUCAAGGAGUGACAUCAGAGGUUCAGUUCUGCACCAAACUUGGAGCUUCCUCCAUUUCUUUCAUUUUAGGGGAGGGAUGUGAAUCUGGGACUUCUGCUGAUUCUAGGCCUUACGUUAUCAAAAAGAUCAGGGAUCGCCAAUAUUAUCCUGAUGGCACUGCCACAGUCAUUCCCUCCUGAGAUGCUGAGACAGCGAGAAAGUCAGUAUUUUCCCAGUUUAGUCUCUAAGGAAGCCUAGCUCUGGGCUGGAAGGAAAGGGAAUUCACAUUUAGGGACGAGAUGAGGUAACUAGUGGGUGGCAGGAGAGAUCCGGGUUAGUGCUUGUUGAUAUUGUUGCCAUGUUGGAAAGAAUUAGCAGAAAUGAUUCACCAGGAGAGCUCUCAGAAGAGCUGACUCAUGGGAGAAGGUGUCUGAGAAAUAAAAAGAAAGCAGCCUCCAAUACAAUAACUUGCCUUUCUAAUAGUUUUGACUAUUGUGCUAGUCAAAUUCAUCUUAUGUCAAGAAUGCCAAACCUGAAAUAGCCCUUCAAGGACCCUAAACAAAUGUCAAGAGAUCACCACUGGUAGAGCAAAAUGUUUAUUAUUAUUUAAAGGGAAGCAGGCUAUAGGAAAGAAAAAGUAGUGCUGAAUAUGGUGAUGAAAGCCGUUUCUAUAAAAUGGUUAUUAGGUGCUCAAAGAGAAAAUGCUGAUCUGGGAUUUUGUCCCAUUUCUCUGGUUUCCAUGUCUACAUCUAGUUCUCACAUAGUGUAAAUGCAUUUCCUUCCAAAGUCCUUUAAGAAAUACGGAUUUAUCCUUGAGUGAAAGUUUCAGCUUGAGCUUUAUCUUCCUCUAAAAAAAAAAGCUGGAAAGAGACAUGGAGGCAGUAUUGUAAAGAACGUCUGCCAUUAGUUUAAGAGGGCUGGCGUAUUUGGAAUGCUUCUUACGCUAACACUGCCUCACUCUAAGAUAUCAACUCCUUACUUACUCCACUUUUUUAUUCUUCUGGCAGUGUGGUAUCCAGGCAACAUACCACUUCUGCUAUGUUAUUCUGAGAAUUCUCAUUCCUAGAGUACCUGAGCCGAACAAGUAUGCUAUGCAGGCUGCAGCUGUACCACCACUAGCAAUUUGCUCUCAAUAUUUAUUACCUUUGAACCUAAGGUUUCCUGCCUAUGCCUCUGAAAGCAGGAGUUAGUCCUCUUUGCAUGAAAAGGUAUAGGUUAUUUAAACGUGUUAGUUAUUAGAAGACCAAAAUAACAGUUGAAUAUUCAGAUUAUUUUGAAAAUCUGUUCACUCUGGAAAUCUACAAAAAUGUCACAAAACAAAUCAGUACCUGAAAUCUUAGAAAUUCUAGAAACUGAAGAUCUUGAGGAGAUAAGGUGCUGAAGUCUUAGCAAUGACAGUGUGUCAAACUUUCAGAUUCAGAUAAGACAGGCUCCCGGCUUAAGAUAAAGUGUAAGCCAUUACAGGUUUCAAACCACAUUCCAUUAACUUUGCAAGUCAAAUAAAUUCGACUCUUUAAUAUAAAACAAACAAGGAUAAAAUAAAUGGUAGAAGAGAAAAAGUAUUUUUAGGAAGAAGACAGAGAUGGAAUGAUGGGGUGUUUAGACAGUAACUAUUUUAAUAAAAUGCAUACACUAAACUUAAACUGUCAAAUAACCAAGUUGAUGCCUCUGUUGUUACACUGUAUAAAAACAAUCUCAGAAUUGCCAUUGCAAAGACAUAUAUAAUUUUGCUUCAUUUCUGGUGUUGUUUAUAUUUCAACUUUAAUUUCUAAGUUGCCUUAUAAUUGGGAUUCUGAUAACAAAAAUCAAAUAUUUAUUACAGAUGCAUCUGUGUCAGCAACUUAAAAAUAAAUAAGUAAAGGUGAUAUGUAGGAGAGGCUGAAGCUUAUAUAACCUGCAUUGGAAAUUUGUUUAUUAGCUUGCUGACAACUGAAGAACAGAAGAACUCAGACUGAAUAUGCGCUAUUAUUUACUGACUUCGGUCACAAAUAUACUGAGUACUUUUUUCUCACAAGACAAUAUACUAAGUCAUGCUGGACAUACCAAGUGCGGACAAAGUUCACGACAGAGUUUCUGCCCUUAAGGACUUUAUCAAAAUAACAUUUACCAAGCAAGUAUUUUAUGUCAAGGCGAAGUGCCUACCAAAAAGUACACAUUAAGGGGGUCAAGGAAAUCUAAAAGGUAAACACUAUGAGAUUCAAAUAAAUCUGAAGACAUUUCAGAAUUAAAUGAGGUAAUAAAUGCAAAGAAAUCAGAACAGUGCUUGACAUGUAACAAUCACAAGUUAUGAUGGUAAUCAUAACCCUAUUCUCUAGUCAGAAACCUAGGCCUCAGACUACUCCACUGCAGUCCCAGGCACCCCAACUUGAAACUCUGUACACUUAAAGUGGAGACAUUUAUCAUAAUCUGAACCCCAAAUAUAUAAACUCUGACUCAUCCUAGUUAAUAAGAACAUAGUCCAAGUUUUAGAAUGCAUUUUGAAAGAGAUCAGAAACAAAGGUUAUCUGUUCAGCUUUCUCUAAUCACCAUUAGGUGAGAGACCCCAAACCAGUGGAUUUGGGCCCGUUCUAUUUUCCACUGGUUCAAUGGUUUAAAUGUCGGUAGUUCAGAGCUUAGUUACAAAAGCUGCAAAAUGCAGGGUGUAGUUCAGAGAUUGUACUCGAUAAACUGCGUGCGGGGAGGAAGACUGCAGAUACUAAAGAAAACGGAAAGAAACCUCUGGCGGCACACAUCUUCCUCUUCCCGCAGUUCGAGAUACACGUGUUGCCAGAAAGGAAAUUACUAAUAAACAAGACCAAAGCAAAUGGAAUCAAGAGCUAAAGGUUCCAUUGUAGCUCAGGCAGCUGUCUCUCUUCCCACAAAUAACAUCUAUGAAAAUCAUUUUUCUCCUAAUCCAGGAAUGAAUGAUAAGUAUCUCAGAGAAUUGUUUUGAUGAUUGAAUGGUAUAACAAAUGAAAGCACUCUGUACCCUGUGAAAGCAUCACAUAAAAUGAACUUCUUGGGAGCCGGGGAGAAGAUAGGUAUUUAUCUCCACGGACUCAAGCCCACAUUUCCCCCUGAGAAGACAAAGAAAGAAAGAAAAUCCUUUCUUCAAAUA